AUGUCGCGCGGCGGCGUAGAAGGAUCAUCCAUCGAUCCAAUGGAGGGCUCAGAACCGAACAAUAGCAUGUGUGAUCUACUACGAGAAGCUUUUACGGCUACUGUAGCCAGAGACUAUGAGAAAGCUGUAUCAGUAGUUCGGUGUGCUGUAGCCACAGAUUAUGCGUUUGGUGUAGAAGAUCUGGAACUGAUGGAUCAUGUCUAUGCUUGCAUACUCAACACAUCGCAUUAUGAUGAAAGUGUGAUUGAGGUGUGUUGGGAAUGGAUAGACGCCCUCGAACGUCCGCCGCGCAUGAAGGAUGCUCGGGUCGUGUCCAGUUCGCAAUUGAGCAUCUACUAUGCUUACCAUAUGAUUUCUCGCGUGCAAGAACGUAUGCCUCGACGACCAAAUCAUGCACAGUCGAGAGCAGACACAUGGCGAAGGGUCAAGAAAAGCUUUGACUAUCUAUGGUCAGCAGCGGUUCAACUGUGGAAGCCGUUCGAACUGGAUCGACUGGACAUCCUCUGCAGCUGGUCGUACCUGGCAUUGCAAUUUGCUGACGCUGUCGACGAAGAUACUAUCGAAUUGAUCGAGACAGCCAAAAGCCAAGCAGCGCAUGUUUUGGCCACGACCAUCGUAGUCGAAAACGCACAUCAAGCCAAUCAAAGAGUGGCUACAGUGGAGAGAAACAUCAAAGAAACGAAAUUGUUGGCGGAAAAACUCGGAAAGAAGUUUGGUGUAAAAGAGGAUGGAGUGACAAUCUCGCAAACUUCUAAAGAUCCACAGGAAGAAGAAGAAGGCGUACCAGCGAAAAGAACCAAGCAUGAUGAGGAGUAG